ACAGCCAGUUGGGUAAUGUACAGCAGAGAGAGAUCCUCUCUUUCAAAUCCCAGGGCAGCAGGCCAAGCCAGGCUAGUAUUGCAUUUUCAAUUAGCUUCUGAGUGAGUGCUUGGCAUGUGCAGAAGGGAAUCGGCACACAAUUAGCGUUUUUGUUCCUUUCAGCAUCACGCCGAGAGGGUUUGAAGGGCCGGAGGAGGAAUAGUACGAGCAACUCCAGACAGAGGGACGGCUGCUGGCGGAUGUGGGAGCAGGGAGUUUCUUGGGCCAAGCUGCUCCACUCCACUACCUAAUUACAGCUGUUAUUAUUAAGCAGCACUCGGAGAGGCUUCGGGGUGUGUGCCAGGGGGCAACUGCAGGCAUAACAUCCUCCUCCUUUACUUUCAGGCUCUUUUUGCUUCAGCAUCCCCAUCCUCACAGCCAUGGAGCCAAACAGCCCCAAAAAGAUACAGUUCGCUGUACCAUUAUUUCAAAGUCAAAUAGAUCCCGAAGCAGCAGAACAGAUUAGGAAAAGAAGGCCUACACCCGCGUCAUUAGUAAUUAUGACCGACUCUCCACCAGAAAUAGAUGAAAAAAGAAUGAACAACAACUCCCAAGAUGAAUCACAGAAUGCCUCUCCAAAACAGAGGAAGCAGAGUGUCUAUACUCCUCCUGCCAUGAAAGGUACUGUCCAGGGAUUAAACAUAUAAAAAAGCAGAAUGAUGCAGCAUUCCCAGAGGAAGAUGAAGGAGACAAUGAAAGAGAUGAGGAGUGGAGCCCAUAAUUGACACCAGGCAUCUGUGGAAGAGCCUUUAUUGUCACUAACUGAACUGCUAACAUUUCUGUCCUUACAAUGGAACUCCAUUGCUUAUGUUCCUGGCCAGUCUUCAUCUCCGUAUCCAGAGCAGAAGAUGGAUUUUAUGGGAGGAAUUUAUGGCACCUUGCAGAAUUGGUGUAUAUUAUCUUAUAUCUGGAGACAACCAUUUCUUUUGUAAUGACUUUACUUUGUUGGGGGGAAUUACUUCAAAUAUAUACUUCGCAACAAACUGAGGCUUCUAUCACAAGUUUAAAAUUUAAAUUUUAAAUGCCAAAGUUUAAAUUCUAAAUAUGAGCUGCAGUCUAAGAUCAGUUGUAAAUAAUACAGAUUUAAAUGCAACAAAAUAAAUACAGCAUACAUUUAAAAUAAA